GCGAGGCGGCCUGUCAAUCAGGAGCUCGGGCGGCAGCCCCCCGCGCGGGGGCUCGGCGAUGCCAGCCUCAGCGACAGGCGGCGGCGGCGGCGGCAGCCACGGCACAAACAUACACCCUCCCACACGCGCGCACCAGGGCAGAGCCGGCGGGCAGGCGGCGGAGGCACCCUCGGAGCCCGGCGCCCGGCGGGGAGGGGACGUGCUCCGGGGGACCGGCCCCGAGGCGCCGGAUGGAGGAGGAGAUGCAGCCUGCAGAGGAGGGGCCCAGCGUCCCCAAAAUCUACAAGCAGCGCAGCCCCUACAGCGUCCUCAAGACGUUCCCCAGCAAGAGACCGGCGCUGGCCAAGCGCUACGAGCGACCCACCCUGGUGGAGCUGCCGCACGUGCGGGCGCCCCCGCCGCCCCCGCCGCCCUUCGCGCCGCACGCCGCCGUCUCCAUCAGCAGCAGCGAGCCGCCGCCGCAGCAGUUCCAGGCGCAGAGCUCCUACCCCCCCGGGCCCGGCCGGGCCGCCGCCGCCGCUUCGUCGUCGUCGCCGUCCUGCACGCCCGCCACAUCCCAGGGCCACCUGAGGACUCCGGCGCAGCCGCCGCCCGCGUCCCCCGCCGCCUCGUCGUCGUCCUCGUUCGCCGCCGUCGUCAGGUAUGGCCCAGGCGCGGCGGCGGCCGCAGGCACCGGCGGCACGGGUAGCGACGGCGCCAGCCUGGAGCUCAGCGCAGAGAGUCGAAUGAUCUUGGAUGCCUUUGCCCAACAGUGCAGUCGAGUUCUUAGCCUCUUAAAUUGUGGAGGAAAACUCCUGGACUCCAACCAUUCUCAGUCCAUGAUUUCUUGCGUAAAGCAGGAAGGCUCAAGUUACAACGAAAGACAGGAGCACUGUCACAUUGGGAAAGGGGUCCACAGUCAGACCUCAGACAAUGUAGACAUAGAGAUGCAAUACAUGCAAAGGAAACAACAAACUUCUGCCUUUUUGAGGGUUUUCACUGAUUCUCUACAAAAUUACCUGCUCUCGGGGAGCUUUCCGACUCCAAACCCCUCGUCAGCCAGUGAAUAUGGCCACCUGGCCGAUGUGGAUCCUCUGUCAACCUCUCCUGUGCAUACAUUAGGUGGCUGGACUUCCCCAGCAACGUCCGAAUCCCAUGGCCACCCAUCUUCAUCUACACUGCCAGAAGAGGAGGAGGAGGAGGAAGAGGAAGGCUAUUGUCCUCGAUGCCAGGAGCUGGAGCAGGAGGUUAUUUCACUGCAACAAGAAAACGAAGAGCUCAGAAGGAAAUUAGAGAGCAUCCCAGUGCCCUGCCAGACCGUUUUAGAUUACUUGAAGACGGUUCUGCAGCACCACAACCAACUCCUGAUACCACAGCCAGCCGACCAGCCAACUGAGGGAAGCAAGCAGCUGUUGAACAACUAUCCUGUCUACAUAACGAGCAAACAGUGGGAUGAGGCUGUAAAUUCUUCAAAGAAAGAUGGGAGACGGCUCCUUCGAUACCUCAUCAGAUUUGUUUUCACAACCGAUGAGCUUAAGUACUCAUGCGGCCUUGGGAAAAGGAAAAGGUCAGUGCAGUCAGGAGAGACAGGUCCCGAAAGACGCCCUCUGGAUCCAGUUAAAGUAACAUGCCUCCGAGAAUUCAUUAGGAUGCAUUGUACCUCCAACCCCGAUUGGUGGAUGCCCUCGGAGGAGCAGAUAAACAAAGUGUUCAGCGACGCUGUCGGUCACGCCCGACAGGGGCGGGCGGUGGGGACUUUCCUGCACAACGGUGGCUCGUUUUAUGAAGGGAUCGAUCACCAGGCUUCUCAGGAUGAAGUCUUCAAUAAAAGUUCCCAGGAUGGAUCUGGGGAUUAGUGGACAGAAUCUUCCUGUUGUAGCAGCCGGUCCUCUCAAGAGUUCCAGUUGUGAAUGUCCUGUUCCUGUCACCUGAGAGUCCAAAGCAUGUCAUUCUGCCAUACUCUGCACAUACUCAGCUGCCACAGUACCCAAAUAGAAAUCCAUUUUAGGGUUGUUUGGGAAGUCUGUGGUGCCUACAACAGACUUUUGGAAUAUUAUAAAAGGAAAAAACUAUGAUUUUUAAAUGAUUACUGGUUAGAUGGUGAGGGUGAAAAAAUACGUGAGCUCCUAGUUACCUUUCUGAAAUCUUCAAACUCUGCUAUCUGGGCAGAGAUAGUCCCCAGGGUAGGCUGGGGUAGUGUUUCUGCCCAUGGGAGAAGGUGGAGACAUGGAGUUGUGUUAAGGGACAAGGAGCAAACAUUCUCUUAAUUCAAGUAAGUUGUCUUUAUGUUUUCCAAAGACCUGACUUCGUAUUUCUCGGCAAAGGCAUAGGAUAGAUGAUAUCAUACACCAUUUUGACAUUAAUAAUGUCUAUUACUAAAAGGAAACCAGAGAACAGAGGCAACAUCUGCAGACAGUGGUGAAUUACAGGUCAGCUGUUUUUCUGUUAUUUAAAAGCCACUGUGUUGAUGAGGAAGGCACUAUUUGAUCUCUGGAGUUUACAAACAGUAGUCAUUUUUCAUUGUUAGUCAAGAAACAUCCAAAGAUCCAAAACCAUUUUCAAAUGCUCGGUUUUGUAGGUUAAUAAAUCCGUAGUUUCCAUAGCCUUAAAUCAGGCUUUGUUGACACAAUGCCAACGUGAUGGGUAGAACAAUGAAAAUUUAAAUCAGUUAGUUGUUUGGUGCACUGAAGACCAAACAAGUGGUGUGAGUGAUGCUAUGCGCUGAAUUCACUAGAUGUUCUGGCAUUGUAUACACACAGCUUCAAGGCCAUUCUGACAACUAUGCAAUGGGCUUGUCAGUAAUUGCUCUGAAAUGUGAGGGUCUUUCUCUGCUGAUUUGAUCUUUAGAAUUUGUAUGGAACUUGUUUCCCAUUGUCCUUGAUGAAAAUGUUUCAUCCCCACCAUGCCUCCUUUUCCCCAAUGUUCCCUGUAGCUAUGGCUAAGUUAGCACUGUGCUGCCCCCACUCACUAUCCCCUGGUUAAUUUGUUGAGUUCCAUAUGUGAAAUUAGUGGUAAUCUUUGGAACCUUUCCAUAUUGGCAAAUGCUAUAGAGGUGCUAGAAUCAUCAUUUCUGAGGGCUUCCUGUUUGGAGUCAGGCUUUCUUUACCAAACUAGUCCAGAUUACUACAUUCUUUGUGGAGCAAAGGGCUAAAUGGACAGCAUUUAUGGAAGGCUACUCUCAUCUGCAGACAUGACCAAGGGUUUUGAAAAUUGAAUGGAGAUUCAGGUUGAUGAGCAUCCAUUGAUAAAGGGUUUUUUGGCUAUUUUUGUCAACAUAAACUCAUAAAUUAUCCUUUAGAUUUAAUACUUAGUUUGCAUUCACUAUAUACAAAGUCCUAGAAAUAGGUCUUUCUGUAGCUUUUGCUUAUUAGCUUGUUUUGUAUUACUAGAAUUCAUCCAUUGAAAAGUUUAAUGUUUAUGGAGAUGGUCAUCUGUGUUUUUUCAGUGAUGUAGGGGGAACUAAUAUUUCAAUUCUGUUUAGAGAAAAUUAAAAUUUGUCAGAUUUACUCAACGGUAUAGGGAGAACUAAUACCCAAUCCUAUUUGGGGCAAAUUAGCUAAAAUUUGGAAGUAAAAGAAAUUAUAUGGGCAAAUGCCAUGUUCUUAUGGCAACCACGAGACCAGUAUCUUUGGCUCUCCAAGGAAGAAAGAUCUCUUAAAGCAUUUUUAGAGGUCCGAGAAGUCAGUGUCUGUCUUUAUGAUUUUUUGACAACAUGACAUCUUUGCUAGAAGAAAAACACCACCAUAGCCUCAUCUGUUUUUCCGUCUUACCUUAAUUUUUCACUGGCCUUAAGUUGUCCUUACUGCUGAGUACAUUGUUCUGUUUUUCUGUAGCAACAAUAUUUGAUCACUGCUUUUAAGAAAAACAGACUAGCCCUUCUUAUUUUCCUGGAAGUUUGAGGUCCUGAACGUUUCUUGAUAUCCAAAUAUCUUGGAGCCCUGUCGUGCUGGCCUUCGCUGAGGCUGAGAGCACUUUCUGCGCUCCCGCUCCAUGGCCGUACCUGAUGACGCACCUGCACCAGUGCUGCAAGAGCAGGGGACAGCAGCCUGUGGUUUAGCUGUCACUGUUACUCCUGAGAACGCUGCUGUCCCAGGCUUGCCCACCACAUUUGUUCCAAAGUUACACCUGGUCUCUUCCUCCCUCGUGCCCAUACCAGGUUAAUCAUUUCUCUAUCAGCUGUUUCUCCAUCAACAAAUUCUGAAUGUUGAGACUAAUUGUUGGACAUCUCUUUUGCACAAGGCUGACACACUCCAUACUCAGCAUCACACAGCCAGUUCUAAUUCCUGGGUCUAGGACUUAUGACUUCUGCCUGAGUGAGAUGUUCCUACGACUUUUGCCUGAGUGAGAUGUUCCGCUGUACUUCUACUGUUCGUGUAACUGCUAGGUUCCUUUAGCCAAGCCUAGCGUUUGACGCAGGCACUGGCAGCCACUGAGGCUAUGAUACAGCAUCAGUGUGGACACUGCUGGCUCCUCUCCUUGGGACAUAUCCACACUCCCACUUGAGCUUCACCUUUAAGGCUAGUAUGUACCUAAGUUCACAAUGGUUGUCUGCAUGGUCUCCUGAUCUUUAAAUCAGGACCUACAAAGGAUGUUCAUUUGUUUUUUGGAAAGGUCCAUUGGGCCUCUGUGUAGCCAAGUUAAAAGCUCGCCCACUAAGACAGGAUGCUGCCAUUGCUCUGUGAGCCUUUCAGCUGAAAUCCUUGGAGGCUUGAAAGUGUUGCUUAUCAUUUUGAUUUGAUUUUCUACAUCUUUAUCUGGCAAAUGGACAGAUUGCUCUCAGAAGAAACUUAGUCAUGUCAGCUUUUAGAGUCCUUCUUGAGUCAUGUUGGCAUUGGUGGUGUAAAAUAGAUGGAGUUAAAACAGCUCAGGAUGCAGCCGUGCCCCCGCCUCACUGGUGAGAGGAGGAGGUCACGGGGCUGGCGUGACAACAAAGACUAAAUGUGGCUUUUUUGUCAAUGACUACGUGUGGUCCAUAAGCCCAGCGAUCAGAAGAGCCAUACCUACCAAAAGUGACGGUGUCCUGUGUUUUCCACAUUAAAAUCUUGUUACAAAGAUCCUGCUGGCUUUUCACAGUGAGCUGAAGCCCCAAGCUCAGUUCCAGCCAGGCUCAGGAUGGCCCUCGAAUGAUCGGUAUUGGAUAGUGUAGGCCGGGAGCCUGUGGAGGGGACCAGUAUUUUGCAAGCCGUUACUGAAGUCACUUUUCUCACUGAUUAUUGAUGGUGCACUGUUCAAAAUGUUAUGGCUUAACCUUAGUGUUAAAUGCUUUCAAGAAAAACUGUAACCAUUUCAAUUUUACAAGUACUUUCUCGUUUUACUUGAACAUUUUACAAGUACCUUCCCUAUUUACUUGAAAAUAUUUCCUCUAGCCCUUGAACCCGGGCAUCACUUUUUUGGUUUUCCUCAUUCCACUACAGCAUUUAGGUGACUGUUACCAUUUAUGUUUCAUUAAGCUUCACUAGGAAUGUAAGGAUAAUAUUAGAGCAUUUGCAGAAAGUUGCUAUCAUCUCCUUUGGUAGGGGAAUCAAGAUACAUAUGUAGCUACUUCACAGCCAUAGAGUUAGUGGGGGUUGUGUAUUCUGCAUUGUUCCUUAUCCCUUCCUCAGUGACAGGCACAUUGACAUAAGAGAUUCCUUCAGCAUUAGAAGGAGAGAUAAAUUAUUAACGUUUCUUAUUUGAUCCAACUACUCCAUGUCCCAUCAACUAGUGGUAACUGAUGUUGAUAGGAUUUUUUUUAAGUCCAGUAACUAUUCUUGCACUGUCAGAUGUUUACCCCAAAUUAGGCAAUAAUCCAGACUUUGGAUCUAUGGGUUUAUGAUUCCUACAUUCUCCUGCCACUCUCAGUGGCUUGUUGCCCCCCUUCUGUUGCUCUCAGAAAAUGGAUGGAGCAUCAGGUAAAGAUGAAACAUGCACUAUGUUCAGAAAAGCAGACAUCCAUUGCCCUCAUUUAGAUGCCAUCCUUCACUAUAUGCUCUAGAACCUAAACCUAAUACCCAUUGACUACCUCCUGAGUUUCUUAGAUUUCAAUUAUUUAAAAAAAUCUCAUCCAUGGAUAAUAGCUUCAAUUUUAGAAAAGAUUUAAACGUAUAACUUUCCUCAUUCAGUGCUAUGUCAUUUCACAGUACAUAUCUGCCUUAAUUUUUGACAGCUCAUAUAUACAGAUAUUUAGAAAUGUAAUAGAAAAUGAUUUUGCACAUAUGGUGCAAGUCUUGCUGGUGUAUGUUUAAUGUGGCAACACGUGCCAAAACUGUUUGGCAAAACAUGUCAAAUGGAGUGCUUGAGUCAGAACUCUAAUGUAAAUGUGUCUAAACAGCAGUGUGUAUCAUUAUGAUGUAUUUUUGUAAACAUAGUGAUGGCUUCUUUCAGUCAUGUAAGUACUGGAUAAAAAUAACCACUUCACUUGGAAUAAUGUAGGAAAAUGUCACCCAGCGCAUGGAUAGUCCUCUGCAAAGUUACAUUGUCAGCCAGUGGCACUGGUUCUUUUAUUUAUGUUGUUGUUUUUUUCUGUUUUUUUUUUUUUUGGAGAGUGAAGAAUUAACAUCAGACAACAUGGAGUGCAAAAAUAAUAACCCGUCAAUAUUUGUCUUCUAAAUGUAAAAUGUAAAAGUUUAACUGAUUUGUGUACACAUUAGAGACCACUUUCACACUCCACAGUAUGUUCAGUUACAGGUAGCACUGAGAGGUCGAGACUUCCCUCAUCUAAUGACCAGCUUGGUUAAUUUGACUUCUGAAGGCACUAAAUCACCAAGUCUUUGCAGUAAUGGUGACCAGAUUAAUUUUCCUCAUAACUCUCUGUAGCUGUCUGAUAUAAGGGCUGUGUUUUUAUUGAAUCACAGAUCCUCGAAUUAGAAUGAAAGCACAUCUGCUAGUAAGACUCAUUUGAAAACUUGUUUAUUCUUGCAGUAAUCGGGCCAGUACAAGUGGCCAGAUGUAUCCUGGCCACAUUGGAAAACUAUUUGGGCCCAUUCAGAACCACUUAAUUGCAACAACAAUAGUAACUAUAGUUAAUAUCUAUCUAUUGAGUUCUUGUGUGCCAGUUACUUUGAUAAGUACUUUAAUGCAUCCUCAUUUUAAUCUUCACAGCUACUCUUUGAGGCUGUUUCUGUUCUUAUUCCCAUUGUAUUGAUAAGGAAACUGCCCAAGCUAAGAAGAGGAUCACUUUGGGCGUAGGAAGCAGAAUGAUGAGUUCAGUCUUCCUCAGUAGUUGCAGCACAGUUCUCAAAGCCCAUCAAUACUUUGGAAUGGAUUUAUAGUUUUAUUUAUGCCAUCAAGGGAGAGUGGAUAUUUGUGUAUUACUAAAAACUACUUCUAAAGUAUGUCGAUACUUAAGUAGGAACAUACAAACCAUAUGUCCUCUGGGAACUGCCCAGGUUUCUGUAUAAGGCUUGACCUAUGUAAGAUCCUAUGAUGAAGAGCAGAAAACUUUUUUAAAAAGUAGGUGAAUUAAAAUUAAAAUCAGGAGUUUGUUCACUUUUAUCUCAUAGGUUCCUAGUGCAAAAAUGCAGGGAGACAAAAGCAAACAUUUGAAGUCAGUGAAGUGAGAGUCUUUGGGAACUCCUUGAUGUUAGAAAUAGCACCAGGGCAUCAGGUAGCCAAUGUUCAAUUCACUUUUCACGUUUGUGUCUUUGUAGCUUUAGAGCUGAUGAGUCUGGUUGGUUUGGAAGAGAGAGUUUUAAUUUAUGAUGUCACUGUGAGAACUGUGGUGAAAAUUUUGUAAGAAAAUACAGUAAUCUGUUGAUUCUUUCCUGUAGUUUGGGCUUUCACAUCCCUUUGGCUGUGUUUAAGUUCAAGAGCAUGCCAAGGCCAUGAGGGUCCUGGCUUGUGCUUCUUGGGAACAGGGCAUGCUAGCGGUGGGUCAUGAAGCUUUCAAGGUCACUGGUCCAGCCUGACCCUGCCCAAUUUAAGCAUUGCCUUUAUGUCUCUCCUCUCUGGAACUUCAUGUAGCAGCCUAACACCGGGGCCGACUUGCCUUUACUCUAUUUUCUAUGAUGAAUACUUGUGGAGAAACUGUGACAAAUUCAUUGAUCCUGAUAUUUUUAUUGUUGGAGUCUUGUUGAUUCUCUAUGAAUAAUUUCUAUUUGAUUGUACUGUGUAGAGUUGAUACCCACUAGGGAUAUGUUAAUAAAACUACAAAUGCAUAGUGUAAUAUAGAAUAGCAAGAUUUUUUUGUGAACAAUUUAUAUAGAAGAGUAAGUUGUUUUUUAAGUGUUAGGCUCAUUUCUUUUGGGAACUUAAAAUGUUAUAAAAGUUUUUUAAACAUUCAAUAUUUUUAAUUAUAAGAGACAUUUGUUACUAGAGCCAAUUAUUUCAGGUGUUCUAAUUGGAGUGUUGAUUUUAUUACCUCAUAUACCUCUAGAAUGCCACGUGUUCUGUUGGGGAUAAAAUUGCACAAUAAAUGUCAAGUCUCUGUUAA